AUGGCUUCCGAUUUAGAACCAGUACCUGUAAAUUCACAAAAACAUGAUCCAGCAUGGAAGCAUUGCCAAAUGUACAAAAGUGGCGAUAAGGUCCAACUCAAGUGUAUAUAUUGCGGCAAAAUGUUCAAGGGCGGUGGAAUUCACAGGAUUAAAGAACACCUCGCAGGCCAAAAAGGUAAUGCGUCCAGUUGUUUAAGAGUACAGCCUGAUGUUCGUCUGUUGAUGCAAGAGAGCUUAAAUGGUGUCGUAGUGAAGAAGAGAAAGAAACAGAAAUUGGCUGAAGAAAUCACUAAUUUCAAUUCUGGCGAGACUGAUUCUUUUGCUAAUCAAUCUGCUUUGAACACUGAGGCUGUAAUGCUUCCUGUUGCAGAAGCUAUUGAGCCCAAUCCUAGUUUAUUACUGACUCAAGAAGAAGAAGGUACUGUUAGUAGUAAGAGAGGUGGAGGUAGAAGAAAGAAAGGAUGUAGAGUGAGAAAAGGUUCGAAUGCUCUUGCCCUUAUUGAUACUGUGUAUGAUGAUUCAAAAAGGGUUAACCAUCAAGUUAGUUUAGCAAUUGGGAGGUUUUUAUUUGAUGUUGGUGUACCUUUAGAUGCUGUGAACUCCAUAUAUUUCCAGCCCAUGAUUGAUGCAAUUGCUUCACAAGGGUCAGGAGUUGUGGGGCCUUCAUAUCACGAUCUUCGAAGCUGGAUUUUAAAGAAUACAGUUCAAGAAGUUAGAACAGAUGUUGAUCAAUGCACGGGGACUUGGGGAAAGAGUGGUUGUUCUGUUUUAGUCGAUGAAUUGACUUCAGAAAAUGGUAAAAUGUUUCUGAAUUUCUCAGUUUAUUGUCCUGAAGGGCUAAUGUUUUUGAGGUCUGUUGAUGUGAUCAACAUUAUAGACUCCAUAGACGCUUUAUAUGGUUUAUUUAAAGAAAUCAUUGAAGAAGUUGGAGUAAGAAAUGUUCUCCAGAUUGUUACUAACAAUGAAGAACGUUAUAUUGAAGUAGGGAAACGAAUCACCGAUAAUUUCCCCACCAUUUUCUGGACUCCAUGUGCGACUCAUUGUGUGGAUUUGAUGUUAGAUGAUUUCAGAGAACUUGAAUGGAUAAGUACGAUUCUUGAACAAGCUAGAUCAAUAUCAAGAUUCAUUUACAAUCAUAGCUUUGUAUUGAAUAUGAUGAGAAGGUACACUUUUGGGGUGGACAUCGUUGUAGUGGGUCCCACACGUGCAUCCACAGAUUUCUCCACAUUGAAAAGAAUGGUAAGUGUGAAGCACAACCUCCAAUCCAUGGUAACCUCAGAGGAAUGGAUGGAUUGUUCAUAUUCCAAGAAAGAAGAGGGGUACACUACUUUGGAUUAUAUAAGCAAUCCAUCUUUUUGGUCAAUGUGUACAGUGAUCACCCAUUUAACAGAUCCUUUGUUGAGGCUUUUGAGAAUUGUUAGUGGGAAAAAGAGACCAGGAAUGGGGUAUGUUUAUGCAGGGGUAUAUCGGGCAAAAGAAGCAAUUAAAAAAGAACUUAUUGAUAAGAAAGAUUAUAUGGUUUAUUGGAACAUAAUAGAUCGUAGGUGGGAACAGCUUCAUCGCCACCCUCUUCACACUGCAGAAAGAUUGGUUCCUGACACUACAAUCCAAGAUAAAAUUGUUAAAGAAACAGCAUCUUAUAGUGAAGCCACUGGCGAUUUUGGGAGGAAAAUUGCAAUAAGAGGCAGAGAGACUUUACUUCCUGCUGAGUGGUGGUCUACAUAUGGAGGGGCUUGUCCGAAUUUGGCUCGUUUGGCUAUUCGUAUACUUAGUCAAACUUGUAGUUUGGUUGGGUGUAAACCAAACAGGAUUCCAUUCCAACAGAUUCAUGAAACAAAGAAUUAUGUAGAACACCAGAGGCUCAGUGACAUUGUAUUUGUUCAAUAUAACAUGAGAUUAAAACAAAUGUUUUUGAACAAAGAAGAAGAUAACCCUGAUCCGAUUUCAUAUGACAAUAUUAACUAUGUUGAGGGUUGGGUAACUGAGAGGGAGAUGAACACAGAUGAUAUUGGUAGGUCAGAUUGGAUGACUGUUGAUCCACCGUUAGGUAACAUUAUGGUUUUAGGCCCACCCCAAGUUGAUGAUUUUGAAGCCCUUGGUGAAGGGUUUGAUGAUCAUGAGAUUUUUAUUGGGUUAAAAGAUCGUGAAGAAGAGAAUUGUGAAAAUAAUGUACAUGAAGUAGGUAAGAAUUCUUAG